GCGCAUUUAAGGAACUAACGUCAGCAACCCGCCGUGAAGCAGUAACGUGUCGGUGCCCUGGGGUUCCAUUCGUGCAGGCCGGUUUACUAAAUUGUAAACUCGGACUGGUGGAGUCGAAGUAGCCCCCAUGUCACUAUACAAUAAGGCGGCUUGGUUUAUGUAGCCGUCAUGCCCGUCGACGAUUUGGCCAUGAUUGGACCCUAUCCCUUACAACCAGAUGGUGUCUCUUCCAACCAAGACUGCCAACACCAAUCGACAGAACUUUGACCUCGUGUAUUUGAUCUUGUCCGGGGUAUCGUCGGUUUCUAUAGAAGAUUAGGUAGAGACCCUCAAAGCCACCCGUCCAUCGACAGUUCUGCGGCGUUCGCAACGGCACAGCUAUAAUGGCAACGAACUCAGACAAGAGCAACCUUGUGAGAAUUAGAGAUAAUCAGAGACGAUCUCGUGCGCGGCGGAGAGAGUACCUGCAGGAGCUCGAACAGCGUCUGAGAGUCUGUGAGCUCCAAGGCAUCGAGGCAUCAACAGAAAUCCAGCAGGCGGCAAGAAGAGCCAUCGACGAGAACAGGAAACUGCGGUUGCUUCUAAGUCAGCAAGGCGUCAGUGAUGAUGCCAUUGACACUUUUCUUCGAUCCUCGGGGGGACGGGGUCAGCCGAGUGGCCAAGGAUCUCCUCCUGCCGAAUCCGGUAGUGCGGCCCAAGCCUUGGAACGACUACUGUUACCUCGUCAGCCCAACCAUUUGGACUCCAGCCUGACUGCACCCGGUGCGCUCCCCGAACCUCUCGGCCAAAGAAGCGAAACCAGCUCCGUCAAGAGCAAUACCUCAGAAGACGACUGGAGAAAGCCCAUCUUGCGUUUUGCCCACCCCCACGAGCAGUCCUCGGCCGCCAGCCAUUCGCCCGAGACGACGGCGCCUGAUUUCAACAAUCUGCACUUUCUCCAGGCAUGGGAUACCGCGUCGGGAUGCUGUACAACCGAGCCAGAUGUCACCAGCAUCGAAUCGCUUGACCUCAACUCCCUGGCCGAGGCUCAAUAUCCAAAGAACUCUCUUCCUCUUUCUCCUCCACACCCUCGACUACUACUAGACAGACCAACCAACGCAGAAGUCCGUGGACUGGACCCGAAUUUCAGUCUCCACCCGACACCAGGACUUCACGACCACGGCUACUACAAUCCACUUGCAUUCCAAUCAGCUCCUGCAACGGGCUUCACAGCAGACUACCUACCGAUUUCUACAGCAGCAGCCACAAUUCCUACAUGCAAAGAUUUAGCUGAUGUCAUCACAUCACUGGAAGUUGUGGCACCUCAAGGGAUUGGUACUUUGAUUCCCUGUUCCUCAGCUGGCAACUGGGAAACUGGCGCGGGUAACAUGGAUACGGCGCUGGGUCGCUAUACUCCCACUUCUACAGAGUAUGACAUGGAGGCUCUGGUGCGGAUGCUGCACCCUUGAUUCUUUGGAGCAAUUGAUUUAUAGUUUCUACGGUAUACCCUACGUUCUUCUCUAUUCUUUUUCUAAUGUAAGCGCUGGACUAGUCACUUGCGAAACUUCUGAGACAUUACCGGAUCUGGCAAUUAGUCAGUGGCAGUUGCGCGACGUCCACAUUC